GCCCUGGGAGUCCGUGAGAUGCAAGAUCCACAGCGCCACACUGCCACACCUAGAUGGAAGCAGAAGCAGUUUUACACACAGACAAAUUCAGUUGUCCACAUUUUUCUAGUAUGUGACACGCGUGGGCUAGGAUCCAAGCCACAGCCUGGGUCGGAGUAUUUUCCGCGUCUUCCGAGAAGGGUGGCUGAGGAUGACGCUUGGAGAGAUUGUGGCGUGCAGCUGGUCUUGGCAUGGUUCAGAAGCCACUGGAAGUCGCAGACGCAGUGUGGCAAAGGCGGGGACGGCGGCGUCCCUUUUUUUGAACCGGUGGCAGAUACAACGACCUGGAAUUUGAAUGAGUCGUUCCGAAGUAUCAGGGUGCCUUUGCAGAGAUUGAGAGCAGCUGAUGUGGGCCCGACUGCGGAUGCGCCUUCUAUACUCCUGGACAGCAGCAAGGAAACCUUGUAUCACGGCACCCGAGCCGGGGUUCUGUGCUUGAUUCUUCGAGACGGCCUAUGCGCAUCGCCGAAAAGCCACAACGUCACGGGAGUUUGGCUGACCGAAGAUCUGGAGUGGGGGUUUCACUGGGGGCGUACGCCGCUAGACGAAUUCCCAGGUUGCGUCGUCGAAGUCGAGGUGACUCUGCACGGCGAAACCGACAAAUCGGCAGCGGCAAUAAGCAGACAUGUUCCUGAUGCAGAGCUCAAAGCAGUGCAUCUGCAAAUUCCCUCGGAGGACUGGGUGGCAUUCGUGAAGGACUUCCGCACGGCGAUUUGGGAGGUGGCUUGCACUUUCCCUGGUGGUAACAGCGGAAGGAGGCAGAAGAACUCGUACCUCAUCGAACUUACUACGAGUCGCUGUUCCUGUUUCCAAGUUGCCACAAGUGCCUCAUGGAGGGCGCGUCGCGAGAAGUAUCCUGUGUGCACAGUCCGGCAGCGAGAACGUCUUGAAUCUUUGCAGUGGAACUUACUACCGAAGCCCAUGCAGAGUUUUUUUAUCAGACAAUUUGGGGACGACUUUCCAAAGUUGUGCAACGAGGAGGCUGUUAGCUUUGACUCCGAAAGCUUGCAGGUCUUGCAGAAUACACAGGUGUGCAGCGCCAGGAAGGUCGAGAACGAUGCUGUGGGAGAAGAGGAGGCCAUGCAGAGAGUAAGGCAAGCAGUGAUGGAAUAUGCUGCAAGUCGCGUGCAGGGUCUGGGUCUUCCUCCGACAAACCUUGCAGCAUAUGAAACCUCUGAUUCCUCUGACAUGCAGCGUGCACGCGCCAGCAAUGCCAGCAAUGGUAGCAUGGAAGGGGAACAAGCAACAAUUCAGAAAGGCAGCUACAAGAGGCCAGUCAGGCGAAUUCGUUGCUACACCCAGAACCCUCAGCUUUGGACCUUGCUCUGCCUUCACAAGUCACAGCAGACAGUGCAUGUGACCUAUGUCGACACCUUGGAAAAGCAGGCAGACACUGCAGUGGAGGCGGCUGUGCAGGCACUGAGCUUUGUCAGAGCAGAUCUGCGAGCGCCAGCCCGUCAGAACCGCACGUUUCAGUCAGAUGGCUUGGUCUCCUGCGGCUUGCUUUGCCUACAAUGGUGUGAGAGACAGUCCAGGGAUUUCAUGAAAGUGGGGCAACUUCCCUACGUCAGCUCAGGACGUGAGCUGGCAGUCAGGCUCAUGGAAUGGAUCGCCAAGCUGUUGCAGCAGCGGCACUUGAUGGAAGCGAAGGCAGCAGAGAGAGACAAGCCAGUGAACACAGACAUGCCUCCCUUGCCACCUCCAGACACGCCGCCGCCGCCAUGUGUGCCAGAUGAGCCCGCAAAGACAGAAGGGAUUUUGUUUGGUUGCUCGAAAUGCAGUAUGCUGAAGUCAGGCUGCUUGGCCUGUGCAUCCGGUGUGAAGGAUCCAUUUCUGAAGAAAUGGCUGGACUGCGUGUGCUUCGUGCUGAAAGGCUGGACCACGACAUGGUCAGAGAGGCUCCGCAGCCCAGCCAUUCUCCAUUCUCAACGAAAGCAGUCACAGCCAGAAAAGUUCGAUU